CAAUACUUAUUCUCUCACAUCAACGAUUAGUGAAGAGUAAUGGAAUCACCGUUGUUGGAAUAUGACUUGUCCAGUGGCGAUCUUAUCGCCUCCGAUGGUGACUACAGGCCUAUUUCUGACAUGAAUUUGAAUGAAUUGUGGGCUGUAUUUUGGAUUGAGACAGUAAAACUAUGGGAGAUUGGAGGACCAAUUGCUUUAAAUAUAAUGUGUCAAUACGGAUUUUACGCUAUCACUGUUGCUUUCUGUGGUCAUCUUGGACCAACACAACUCGCUGCUGUUACCCUUGCUCUAACUGUUAUUUCUACUUUCGCUUUCGGCUUCAUGAUGGGCAUGGGGAGUGCUUUAGAGACUCUCUGUGGGCAGGCAUUUGGUGCUGGGCAAAUACACAUGCUUGGAAUUUACACACAGCGCUCAAUGAUUAUUCUACUCCUCAGUACCUUCCUUGUCUUACCAAUAUACAUUUUCACUACUCCUAUACUUCACUUCUUAGGCCAACAUCAUGAUACUGCUGUUGUUGUUGGAAAGUUCACCAUGUUAAUUAUACCUGAAUUAUUUUCCCUCUCUAUCACUAUUCCCACUGCAAAAUUUCUUCAAGCUCAGAGUAAAGUUGGCGUGCUGGCCUGGAUUGGUUUUGUGGCUCUCCUACUCCAUGCUCUUCUCCUCUGGCUCUUCAUUUAUGUAUUCAAUUGGGGUUUAACCGGGGCAGCUAUAUCACUUAAUCUUGUAUGCUGGAUCAACGCCCUAGCUCAAUUUGCUUACGUUGUUUUUCAAUGCAAGGAUGGGUGGAUGGGAUGGUCUUGGUCUGCAUUCGAUGACAUGUGGCCCUUUGUUAAACUGUCAAUUGAGUCAGCUCUUAUGCUAUCCCUAGAAAUUUGGUUUCCGAUGAGUGUUGUCCUCAUUGCCGGAUAUCUCAAAGAUCCAGUUACUGCUGUUGGAACCCUCUCUAUUUGCUCAACUCUUAGUGAAUGGCAAGAAAUGUUUUUUGUCGGAAUCAAUGCUGCCAUAAGUGUUCGGGUCUCAAAUGAGCUUGGGCUAGGACAUGCCAGGGCGACCAAAUAUAGUGUCUAUGUCACACUAUUUCAGUCACUUCUCGUUGGGAUUCUGUGCAUGAUUGUAGUAUUGGCAGUAAGAAAUCAUCUUGCCAUUCUUUUCACCGACAACGAGGUUUUGAUCAAAUCUGUUUCUGAGCUUGCUCAGUUUCUUGGAGUAGCAAUGCUACUCAGCAGUGUUCAUCCUGUGAUAUCAGGUGUUGCUAUUGGAUGUGGAUGUCAAGGUCUAGUGGCUUACAUCAAUUUGGGUUCUUUCUAUGCUUUUGCUAUUCCUCUCGGAUAUGUUCUUGGUUCUGUGGCUAACUUGGGAGUCAUGGGACUAUGGGGAGGAAUGAUAGCUGGACUUGCUUUGCAAACACUGCUACUCUCGUUUAUACUCUAUAGAAUUGAUUGGAAUAAAGAGGUUGAGCAGACAAUGAAACGGAUGCAAAUAUGGGGAGAUCAAGACUUAGAAACGGAGAGAAUUAAACUCUAAUUGGUUAUAGAACUACGAUCUAUGCAUAGCACAACGUAA